CUGAUAUCAAGAUAGAUAGUUUGGUAUUCGCCCACCCCAACUAAAAGGCCAUAUAUCAACGACCGCCUCCGCGGACUUCAAUUCAGUCGACACUGCGGAAUUACCCAGGUGUGAACAGUGUGAACCCAGAGUGGUCGUGCUCCCCAUUGAAUCAGUUAUCGUGACUCAAGCAGACAUCAUGCCCGUUCUAUGUGAAAACAUCCCGAGGAUUACAUACGGGAAGAGUUUGAUAUUCAAUCGUUUCCUGGAUUUCAAGCGAGUGCAACCCCUAAGUCGACCUUUGGAGUCCUGCACAGCCAACUGGGAGAUGAAGCCCUGUCUUCUGCCCUCCCUAUACAACGAGUGGGCUGACGAUAUUCUCAACUUCAAAGUGCGAAAAGACGAUGUCUUCGUGGUCACCUUUCCCAAGUGCGGUACAACAUGGACGCAGGAGAUGGUGUGGAUGAUCGGAAAUGAUUUAGACUUUGAGAGAGGAAAGAAAACUCCACUGCCCGAGCGCUUUCCCCAGAUAGAAUUGUCCGCCGUGGCAUUGAUCAGCAAAACCAAUUCGAUAAGACAGUGCGAGGAGUUGAAAGGUCGACGGUACAUUAAAUCCCACUUGCCAGCUCAUUUGCUGCCCACGGAAAUUUGGACAGUGAAGCCCAAAAUAAUCUAUUGCACCAGAAAUCCCAAAGACGCAGCCAUCUCCAACUUCCACUUCAUGUCCGUGAUGCAGGGUUGGAAGGCAAACUUCAACGACAUGAUGGAAGCUUUCAUGGCAAAUUCAACACUUUACGCUCCAUUUCACUCCCAUGUCUUGGACUUUUGGAGCAUGAGGGCAGAGGAGAACGUCCUUUUCAUCACACAUGAGGAUAUGAAGAAAGAUCUGCCAGCCGUAAUCGCCAAGACUGCCAAAUUCAUGGGGAAAACGCUAAGUGAGGAUCAAAUAACUCGACUGGCCCAUCAUCUGUCCUUUGACUCCAUGAAGAAGAACAAAUCAAUAAGUCAAACGCCACUGAAGAGAGCAGUGCCCUUCUUCAAAUACAAACUCCUCCGGAAAGGCGAAAGUGGAACCUUCAAGAAGGAAAUGACCCCACAACUCAUUGAACGCUUUGACAAAUGGAGUUUAAGUGAACUCGGUGAUUCGGACUUUAGAUUCUCAAUGUGAUCAUUUUGACUUUCCCCAAGUAAAUCCUUGGUAUUGUACAUAUAAUUCUUAAGAAUUCGCCUAUUUAUAAUUGUCUAUAGAUAGGUGUAUAAAAUCCCAAAUGCUAAUGUUAAUAGACGAAAAUUUUGUAAAUACAUUAAAUUAUAAACCUGAUUGAAAAAAUUUAGUCAAAUUCUCAUGUGCGUGUUGCAAUAAUUAAUUUGCUUGCUUCACAUGGUUUACCAUUUUACGACAGCCUAUAAAAGCAUAACCCUGCAUGAUUCACGCGCCACACGACUUUUCGCUCUGUCAGAGCAGACCAAGGGCGACCGAAAGGAAGAGUGUCUCAUGAUUCAUUCACAUGACUAGCAGGAGAGCAAUCAAAAUACUUCGUGUCUUAUCACAUUAAUACAGUCCUACGAUUGAAGAUGAUGCUUAUCUCGAGGUGUGCCACUUGAAACAUUACCUCAAUUAUAUCGAGCAAUAGAUUUGCUGCAAAAAUUAUAUCUCAUAUCAAAAUCCAGGCACAAUCUUUCACUCCAGAAUGUCAACCAUCGAAGCACAUACAUUAUGAUGAUGAAUUGCCCCAAUUUUUUACAACAACAAAGAUUCU